CCCUUAUCUUCUACAGUAUAUCAAAUCUAAAGGAGAAGCAAAUUCUUAAUAGAUUGAAAAACAUACUCUUCUUAUAAAAAUGGCUGAAUAUGACCGAGCAAAAGAGCUCAAAGCCUUCGACAACACAAAGGCCGGCGUAAAAGGACUCCUUGAUACUGGAGUUGUUCACAUCCCCGAGUUCUUCGUCACACCGGGAGCAGAAAAUGAGUUCAAUGCUAAAAAUAUUAAUUUAUGCUCGGACGUUAAUGCUCAAAUUCCAGUUAUAGAUUUCAAGAACAUGAAGGAAAAUGAUUUUCAACGUAGAAAAAUCGUUGAACAAAUUCGAGAGGCAUGUGAGACUUGGGGAUUUUUUCAAGUUUUGAACCAUGGUAUCCCUCAACAUGUAAUGGAUGAGAUGAUCAAAGGAGUUCAAAGAUUUAACGAGCAACCAAAUGAGCAAAAGAUGGAGUUUUAUUCUAGGGAUAAUUUGAAGAAGGUGAAGUUUAAUAGCAAUUUUGAUCUUUAUCAGUCUAAGGCUGCAAAUUGGAGAGAUACACUAGCUUGUGUCAUGGCUCCUAAUCCUCCUCGUAGUGAUGAAUUACCAGUAACGUGCAGGAAGGAAUUACUUGAAUAUUCUGAGCAUGUUAGAAAGUUGGGCCAUACAAUAUUUGAGUUACUAGCAGAGGCACUUGGGCUGAAGCCUAAUCACUUGUUGGAAAUGGAGUGUGCAAAAGGGCAUUUCAUUCUCAGUCAUUACUAUCCACCUUGUCCUGAGCCAAACAAGACUCUUGGAAUUACAAAGCAUACUGAUCCAGAUUUCUUCACCAUUCUUUUACAAGAUCACAUUGGUGGCCUUCAAAUUAAUCACCAAAAUCACUGGAUUGAUAUUCAUCCGGUGACCGGCGCGCUAGUAAUCAAUCUUGGAGACCUUUUGCAGCUUCUCUCAAAUGACAAGUUCAAAAGUGCUGAGCACAGAGUAUUGUCGAAACAAAUUGGGCCAAGGAUUUCAGUUGCAUGUUUUUUCACAACUCAAUUUCAGCCAUUUGACAGACUCUAUGGACCAAUAAAGGAAUUGUUGUCAGAUGAAAAUCCUCCUAAGUACAAGGAAACAACAGUGAGAGACUAUGUUUCCUACUACAACUCCAAAGGACUUGGAGCUCGCCCUUCACUUCUCCAUUUAAGACUCUAGGAAUUUUUUCUAAGUAGAGUUUAUAUAUAUGCUUUCAAUAUUGUAUCACUGUUGUAUUAAAAAAAUAAGCUUGAAAAUGGAUGGUUAUUUCUGUAGAUUGUGCAGCACUUUGUUUCUCCAAUUAUCACUGAUUCAAAAUUCGAAAGUUUGCAUCAGAAAGAUGGGGAUGUGUAAAUGAAGAAUCCUCUGUUUUUACUGUUUCUUUUUCCUUUC